AUGGCUCCAGCAGACUGGCCGAGCGUCCUGCCGCCCCCGCAGCAGCAGCAGCAGCAGCAGCAGCAGCAACAGCAACAGCAGCGCAGCUCCGACCUGUGCAGGAGAGCUGUCACUACAUCCACUACAUCGGGAGACAUUGUGAUGGCACCGCCUCGGAGGAAGGGCAUGAACAGAGAAUUGAUGGCCCUGUUGGAGGAUCAGGCUGUGGAAGACCAUGACUUUGGGAGACAAGAAACAAGUGGGCCAGAGGAGCUUCCCGAAGGUGACAUGAACAAGGCUCUUCUUGCCAAGAGAAAAAGAUUUGUAAUGGAUACCAAUGCUGCCCUGAAAACCAUUAACCAGAAAAUUGGGUAUGCUGGGAAAAAACGGCAAGAGCAAAGGCAGAAGUUUUAUCGCGAAUAUUCUCAGCAGUUUCUGACUUUGUUUCAAGAGUGGGAUAGAGAUGUGCAGAAAACCAAGGAAGAAGAAGAUAAACUGGCUAUUUUGUUUCACGAGCAACGAAAGCUUUUUCAACAAGCUAGAACUGUUCAGAGCCAGAGACUGAAAAAAAUUAAAACUUUAUAUGACCAGUUCUUAAAGAAUAUGGUGUGCUUAGAGGAGGAUCAUGAACAUCUUGUUACCAAUGAAGCAAAAGAAUUUAGACAAGAAAUGGCCAAAUUGCAAAACAAGAUCAUGGAGGAUGCUCAACUGCAAGAGCUGGCAAAUAUUCGAAAGUCUCUUCACUGCCUGCUAUUUUGAGGACUCUGAAGAAAGAACUUGAACU